AUGAACCGAGAGGAUGUGACUUGCUUUAGGUGCAACAAAAAGGGGCAUUUUGCUAAUCGCUGUACUGAAGGUCCUCUGUUGUGCUGGAACUGCAACAAGCCAGGUCACAUUGCCGUAGAGUGCAGGAUUCCUAAAGUUGAGGUUGCCGCGAAUGUUGCUGGGGCAAGAAGGCCUACUGCUGGUGGAAGGGUCUACUUCAUCAGUGGAACUGAAGUUGAUGAAGACGAGGGUCUAAUCCGCGGUACCCGCGAGAUCCCGGGUAAUUCCCUUAUCGUACUAUUUGAUUAUGGUGCUACACAUUCUGUUAUAGACUUAGUUUGUGUGACGUGGUUAAAGCUAGAUGUGACAGAAUUACCGUUCGACCUGAUAGUAUCUAUCCUUGUUUCAUAA